AUGACCCUAUACGGGAGAUUAGACGUUGUCUCAUGCCGAGCAUUCCCGGCAUCCCUCAAGGGUGCAGCCACUUCGUGGUUUUCAAGGCUUAAGACUCGAUCUAUAAGUACCUUCGCAGAACUCUGCGAGCAGUUUGUCGCCCGCUUCCAAAGCAACGUCAAGCAGAAGAAAACCACGGUCAACUUAUUGAACGUGAUACAGAAUCCAGGGGAGUCCCUCAGGGAGUAUGUCACCAGAUUUAUGAAGGAAUCCUUGGAGGUCAGAGACUUAGAUGACCAAACUCAGCAUGCAGCCCUGGCCAGAGGCAUCAGGGACCUAGACCUUAUCAAAGACUUGGCACAGCAUGAGACAAGGACAAUGAAAGAGAUACUAGAGUGA